AUGUUGUUUAUGCUUGGUUUAAGCACAUGGGAUGGCUUCCUAAGAAAUCUCUAAAAGGAGAACAUGUAUUCCUAACAGGAGCAGGAAGUGGUCUUGGAAGGUAAAUUCCCUUAAACAUUACAAUUAAUUUUGUCUAGAUACAUGGCUAUCACACUUGCGAAAAUGGGAUCUAAUCUCUCACUUUCUGAUAUUAAUAUGUAGGGAUUAGAGGAGACCAAGCGAAUGAUUAAGGAAUAGACUAAAAAUGAUAGCAACGUAAUCAUAUUUAUUUGUGACGUGUCAAACAAAGAAUCAGUCACUAAUGCUGGUUAAACAGCUAGAGAUGCUUUUGGAUCUGUGACAUUACUGAUUAACAAUGCAGGCAUAGUUUCAGGAAAGAACAUCCUUGAGAACUCAGAUUUCAUGAUUAAAAAAACAAUUGAAGUCAAUACUAUUGCUCAUCUUUAUACCAUUAGAGAGUUUUUACCAGAUAUGCUUGCCUUAAAAAAGGGUCAUGUUGUAUCUAUUUGCUCAGUAGCUGGUAUAGUUUGUACUCCAGGAGCAUCAGAUUAUGCCGCUUCUAAGUUUGGGGCUUUCGCUAUCGAUGAAUCUUUAAGAACUGAAAUGAUAAAGCAGGGAAUGUUUGAAGGAGUUAAAUCCUAAUUCCCUUUUUAAAUUUUGGACCAACAUUAUGUUGUAAGAAGAAUUAUUCAGGCUAUCAGAUAAGAAGAGCAAUUAGUAGUAAUGCCUUGGAUAUGUAACGUCAUAUUUUUACUUAGAGCAUUCCUGCCAAUCCCAGUGCAAGAUAUUGUUUCAAAAUAUGUCGGAGUAUGCAAACUAUAACUCUUGAAAGCCUCUCAGGAAGAGUGCUAGCUUGUGAUGCUUCAAUAGCAUUUAAUAGGAUUGUUCAACAGAAAUAUCUAAUUUUCUCAGCAUGGUAUAAAGGCAGUUUGGGUGUUUGAUGGUAAACCUCCAGAUCUGAAAUUCAAAACUCUUGAAAAAAGAAAAGAGAAUAGAGAAAAGGCAGAAGAUUAGAAAGAUGAAGCUGAAGAAGAUGGAGAUGAGUUUAAAAUGCAAAAAAUGGCUCAACGAACCGUAAAAGUAACAAAACCUAUGGUUGAGGACGCCAAAAAGCUCAUUUAAUCUAUGGGAUUCCCAGUUAUAUAAGCUCCAGGAGAAGCAGAAGCAUUUUGUGCUUUUCUUGUUAAGUAAGGUAAAGCUUUUGCUACAGUAAGUGAAGAUAUGGACUCCUUAACUUUUGGAAGUCAUGUCAUGAUUAGAGGGAUGAGCAUGGCUAAAUAGAAGGCAGGUAUUGACUUAAUGCAAAUAGAACUAUCUAAAGUAUUGAACUCCUUAAAACUUUCAUAUGAGGAAUUCGUUGAUUUAUGCAUACUGUGUGGAAGUGAUUAUACUUCUACUAUAACUGGAAUAGGAUCUAUCAAAGCUUAUAAAUUUAUCUAAGACUAUAAAACGAUUGAAAAAGUUUUAUAAGUAAUUGAAUAAGAUACACAUAGUUCAAAAGGAAAAAAGUAGAAAUACAUAGUUCCAGAAGAAUAUCCUUAUUAAGAAGCGAGAGAAUUGUUUUUAAAGCUCGAUUAUACUGAGGAGUUAAAAGAUAUUCAAGAGUAAUUUAAGUGGGAUAAACCAAAUGAGGAUAAUAUAAAGCAGUUUCUAAUAAAGGAAAAGAAUUUUAAUGAGGAGAAAGUUGAUAAUGGCUUGAAAAAAUUAAAGAAAUUUUCUCCAACACAGGGUCGAACUUAAGUUAGAUUGGAUUCAUUUUUCAGGGUUUAUCCAGGAAAUACGCCUAAUAAAAAUACACCUUAAUAAAUAAAAGGGAAAUAAUCAGGUUUAUCUGUAAAGAAAGGUGGGAAAAAAUGA